AGUACUAGGCAAAAGCUUAAGUUUCAUUUUUGCCUCGUGUGAGUGCAUUGCAAAAAAAAUAAUGAUUGCAUGAGUCAGAUUUAUUAUGUCUUUUUGGUUAAAGUUUGCACUGUUUGAAUUAUGUUUGAUAUAGAAAUGUAAGCCUUACAGCAGGAAACCUUUUGUUGCAGCAAUGCAUAGAGAAUAUGUUUGAAAGGUGUGCUGCUUUAGCAAGCACGCAACCAUUCUACUCUGCUAAAAGUCAUGUUACCUUCUUCUCAUGUCUCCCUCUUGUCAUGCUGCUCAUGGUGGAUAUAUAAAGGUGGGGAUAUUAGCACACUGCACUCAGCACAUUUAAAUGGUCAAAAUCCAAGCCAUGAUACCUCAUUUGAAGUAGUGGACAAUGAUACCUCACAUGUUUCGGUAGCCACAUUUCGAAAUGAUGCAAAAAUUGAAGACAAAAUCAAUCUAUUUGCCUCAGAAGACUUAAAGAAUGGCUGGCAAUCAGAAUCAGAGAGUCUUGAGCUCUCUCCUAAGACUAGAUCCUGGAGCUAUGAUGAUCUCCUUUCUGAGGGUCAGGAUAAAGGAAUGGGAAAAUGGCCCAUUGUUUCUGUGAUGCAAAAUGGAGAACAAAAAGUUUUUCCUCCCAAUGACAAUGCGAAUUCUGAGGAAUGCCGAGAGCGCAGCCGGCACUACUCAGCCCAUACUGCGUCAGGUUUCCUCAAACUGUACAAGAAGAUGCACCACAUCAACCGGCAAGAGCUUAGCAAUUCACAUGUUUGCUCGGUCAAAGCCAGGAUUCAGAAUUACGAGCGUGAGCAGCACAAGAACCAUUGUUUGAGCAACAAUGGUUCCAACAGUGAGAUACCUCAUGAUAUGGUACACAACAGGAUCUCUGAAUUUGAGAGUUUAAUCCAAAAAUCCAAAUCCAUGCCAAACCUAGAAAGUGAUUGCCAGAACACAGGUCCUUUAAGGAGGAUUACCAACCAAAACCGCAGCUACUCCAUUGAGUCCUUGCUGGAUGAAGAGUCACCAGCCAGAAAAACUCCAGAGGGAGAACCACAGUACCACAAGAUUCUUGCUAAUCUACCAAUUCACAUCCAAGGGUCCAACAACCACAUGAAAUGCACUGCUGUCCAGCAAGAGUUCUCAGAUAGUGACCAUGAUGCUGUUGUGUCUGAUGUUUCUGACUUUAUACAAAUUGAGGGCUCAUCCAACUGCAGUGAGACUGAAUUUGACCACUGCUCUUUCACAUCCUCUGAAAGCUUCUGUGGAUCAGGCCGUCAUCAGCGCUACAACAGGCAACUAGUAAGCUCCUGCAAAGGCAUGUGCCCAGCCUCCUUCACACGCUUUACUACCCUGAUCAAACAUGAGAGAGCCAAGAAAGACCAACGGCACUGCCUGCAUAUGGAGGAGUCUGACAUUGGCCUCAGCAAACUGGCCUUUCUGGUAAGCCCAGUGCCUUUCCGUAGAAAGAAGAACUCCCACAUACCAAAAUCCAAGCGGUGCAUGUACAGAGCUCUUGACUCAGCCCUGAAGGACAUUUAUGACCAUAUUUGCACUGAAAAACGCAAGGGCAGCCUUCCAGAAAACAGCAUCCUCCACAGGCUUCUAGCAGAGCUGCUACCUGAAGUUCCUGAGAGGAAGUCCUCUCUUCAGGCUCUGGAUCAAUCCAGUCCAGCCCAGCUUUCCCCUUGUCAUGCUCUGCCUGAUGACAUGUACAUCCAGGACCAGCCAGAAUACUCUUAUGUGACCUGCAGUGCGUCCUGCCACAACACAGACAACAACCAGAAGAACCAUAAUACUCCAAGAAACACUCAAGGUGGAUUCAAUUGAUCAGUCAAUGUUCCCAUAUUCUCUUUUGUGUUUGGGCUGUCAUUCCUCCAAUCACCCUCCAUGCCCCGCACUCAAAUAUUCUACGUGUUUUUGUGAAUGUGUUCUGUAGUAAAAAUCUUUUGUCAUUUUUCAUUGGAUGUCUCAUUAAACCAUGAUUUCACAUGAUUUAGAUUUUUUUGUAUAAUAAUUUACUUUGUGUGGUAGUAAUGAUAUCUUUUCAAUGGACCUCCUCUUUAUAUGGGCCUUUCCUGAAAAAAUGGAAAGGUGAAGAUUGUAGUAUAAACUCUUUAUGCUGGACUGCCACUGUCUAGCUGACCUGUGAUUGGUUUCUUUUUCGUAUGGCAUGCAUGCUAUAUAAUAUAUUUACAUUGGCACAGGGCAGAGUAAAUCUUUCCACAGUCUUUAAAUAAACCUAAUGGACAUGAUGUCCUAUUUACUUUUGAAAGGAGCCAAGAGCUUUUAAAUGACUACUCCCCUGAGUAUAGAGCCAUGCAAGCAUUUGGCAGUGAGAAAUCCUUACCAUGUGAGACAUGCAUAAAUGCAUUUGUUCCAUGCAUAGGAUCUGUUUCCAGUGCUAGACUCUAAAUCUGUCUGAGUUGACUGGUACAAGUUGUUCAAAGUAGAUCAAAGAGAUUAGAGCAAUAAAGGAAGAUCGGAUUUAUGUCUUUGUUUGUUUGUUUUUUUUGUCGUUUGUGUAUUAGUGAAUUAGCUUCUUUCUUUUAAAUCAUUUGUUAUAUCGUUUCUGUACUUAUUCUAUGGAAAAACACCAACUUCACCAGUCCAUAUAUUCUGCAUGGAAUUGUAGUAAGUUUUCAGCCGGGCAGAACUGAAUUUCGUCUUCCUCAUUGUUUUG